GCUGACGUUAGUUGAACACGUUGCAAUACUAAGCUUAUGGUGCAGACAGAGGAAGAAAGUGUGAGGUCAAACAAUAAGGUUGGAUUUUUAUCGCAACAUUAAUCAUUUAUUAUCUUUAAUGUACUUUUAUUGUAUUAAGAUUUUAGAAUGAGAGACUCGAUAUUUGGAACAGGCUAUUUUUGAGUAGAAUUUUGAGGACGUCAGUUGAGAUGGGAGUUCAUUUUUGAGGUAGGUAAAGAGAUAUCAAGCAUUAUUGUGUGCUGAUUUUUCACUGAUCCUAUAUCAGAUUCGCUGAAGUAAGGACGACUUGAGAUGGAAGUAGAGAUUUUUUAGAUCUGUGCUUAUUGAACUGUUCCUAUUUCCGAUUGAUAGCAAUAUAGCCUACGCGCAUAAGCAUAUGAAAGAAACGAAAACAUUUAAUAUAACGGAGGUGAUCUUCUGGCAUGUGAAAAUGCAACCGUUUUCCUUACAGACUUCAUUACAUUUUGCCCCAGUGAAUACAUCUUAUGUCAAGGAAUGUACCGGUAAUUCGAUACAAAUGUUCUGCCUCGAAUUCAACUACACUGCCCUACCUUGAUCCAGGCAAGUCAGGCUCGUGCUGUUGAGUAAUCACACCUGCUGCCUGCAUCCGGGUGUCUGUGUUUAGUUGGCACACCUCUAUUUGGCUCCAGGGAAGGUAAGGCAAUGAUUAGGCUGCCUUUGUAUCAAUAUAUUUAAAUAAGCUCAUGAUUUUCCCCAUCAAGUAAGGAUUCCUAAUUGUAUAGCUUAUUUCUGAAACACUGCCCUAUAGAUAGUUAGCCAGAAAUGAUUGGUUUUCAGACAAUCUUUCCCUUUGUUUUUUUGUCUACUUUGGGGGUUAAUGAAUAUACAAAACUUUUAACCAGGAGUAAUAUUCACAUUGAUGACCUUGUUUCAAGGUUUUAAACUCUGGUGUACUUUAUGUAUCCAUCCACUCCAGGGUACUAAACUGGAGUGCGUGCAGGCAGAGGUUUGGUCAAAGCGGUUGUUAUGGAAGCGUUGCCAUUCGGCCGGACUCUCCACAGGUCUAAUGUGGAGGAUGUGACAGAACUUCUGAAGGCUAGGGAGUCUAGAAGGGCCAGCGGCAGUAAAACCACACCUGUCCAGGAUCUGUUCCAUGAGGACGCUCAGGUAGGUUAUCAUUACAAGUCAAGACGUUGCUGAAAUCCAACAGUUGCGUUGGUGUUAAGUUGCCACAAAUGUUGCCUGCCCUGAGGGUAUGAGGAAAUCAUCUUUGAUGACACAGUUGGAGCCUGGUCCAAGAUAUGUUUGUGCUGUCUUGUUAAAUCUCAUGGUCAUUGUUAUGGCGUGGAGUGGGAAAGACUGCACAAACAGAUCUGGGACCAGACCAGUGGCGACCCGUCAAUCAGGGCAGGUGGGGGUCUUUUGAGCCCAACCUGUUUAGCUAAAAACUGUUUUGCAUGUUAUUUUGGCAUUAACAUGUGUCACAUAUCAGUUUGCAAACAUUGUAGAAAUAAUUGAGUUAAUAAAGCCGCAUUCAAACAUGGUCUCUUUUUUGCUUUCUUGAGUAAGGCAGCUCCAAAAUGCAGGUGUUUCAGCCUAGCUCAGUGCUUUCUGUGGUGGUGGGGCAGCCAGCGGACAAUACGGAGCGUAGGGGUUGGUAAUGUUCUCUAGUUGCACCGUGAUUGGCUCAGUGUUCUGUCACUCAUGGGGACACUGCAAAAUCUAUGGGAAGAGCUUGAAAAUUCAAGCCCCUUGGGUGCUGCCGUAGAGUUACAUUAGAAGUGCCCAUCCAAGAAGGCUCAAGGUCAUUGGCCACAGAUAAAAUUAGGUCAAAUCACGUUACAUCCACCGUAGCUUUGAUUGAACUGAUCAUGUCAACAUCAUACUUUCAAAAUCUUAGCUAGCAAGCUAGACAAGCAGUCAUCAUCAUGAAUCACGUCGACAAUCUACUGGCAAAUCCUUUUCAAUCCUUGUCAUAUGAUGAGAAAUUAUAGAUAAAACAUAUCGGUGCUCAUCGGCCAUUGGACAUAAACAUUACACAACAAGUUGGAAAUCGCAAAUUCAACAAUGAGUGGUUUGGAAGGAAUCAGUGGCUAACUGCAAGUGUUGCAAAUCAAUCACUAGCCUGAUAUUCAGUGGAGUGGGUGAGUGGUCCAAGUCUGGUUUUAAGAGUCUCUUUUCCAAGCUUAAUAGGAUAAACAUUCAACACCAUAGGCCAGAAAAGGUUGAAUGCAUUGGCCAUGCUGUCAAUCCAGCAUGACUUCUGCCGCGUUCAAAACAACUGGAAACUCGGAACUGGGAUAUCUCAGACUUCAAGAUAACUGGGAACUUGUGGAAAAAGACGAGCUCCGACUGGGAAAAUACGUUUUGAACGGCCAUCCAACUCCGAAUUCCAAGUUGGGAACUUGGGCCUCUUUCUAGAGCUCCGACCUGAAGAUCACUGACGUCACGAUUCGACCUUGUUUUUUUUCUAAGUUCAAAAAAUGUAUUGUAUGCUGCUGCAUUAAUUAUGUAAUAUGCCAGGGAGAUAUAUAUACUGUAGCUAAGAAAUUAAUACUAAGUAUGUUGUGUAGUAAACUGUUAGUAGCCCAUGUGCCUCACCCUAAUAAUUUGGUCCCUUUCCCCCAUAACUUGGCCUACUGUUUUGACUUGGUGGUGCACAUAUAGCCUAUAUUCUGUUUUAGAGAUGUAACCAUAGAAUAUUGUAAGAGCUUUCAUUGUCUGCUUAUAUGACCCCUUUAUUUAUCAUACGGUUCUGACUUGGUGUACAGGGAGAAUACUGUAAGAAUGGCCCAUGUUCUGAAUUCUGUCGCUGUACAUUUAAAAAGUGCUGAAAAAAUAGUUAUUGACUACGUCUGUCCUAGAUCGCUCAUUAAUGUCUUAAUCGAAAUUACGGAUUACCCUCUUAUCCGCUCGUCGUCCCCUUAUGACAGUUUGUACAUAUCAAUUGUCAGUAGAAACCACAUUUGUUUAAGCAAGUCAGCCAUGUUUUUUUUUAAAGGCAGUAAAUGAGGCUGAAUGAACUGUUUCGCUGCCAGACCAGGCUGUGCUGAUAGCCAGGUGUAGCAGUGGUAAGGAUUCACACUAUGGUGCUGAAAAGAAAGCUCUGCUGUUGGCACAGCUUUAUGUAGGCCCUAACAGUUUGAGGGCACCAUUUGUCACUGUUAUAGUGCAAUUAAUUGAUUGUUUAGUGUAUUUUUUUUUUUUUUUUGCCCCUUCGAGAUUUACAUGCUAAAAUAGCCACUGGACCAGACUAUAAAAGUUGUGCAGGUAGCUUAGUGGUUAAGAGUGUUGUGCCAGUAACCGAAAGGUCACUGGUUAUAAUCCCCGAGCAGACUAGGUGAAAAAUCUGUCGAUGUGCCCUUGAGCAAGGCACUUAACCCUAAUUGCUUCUGUAAGUCACUCUGGAUAAGAGUGUCUGCCUAAGGACUAAAAUGUAAAAUGGUAAAAAUCUGAAAGUGUCGCCUACUCUAAUCUGCAGGGGUCGCAGCAUCUCGCUCAGCCAUGGUGGAGGGUGAAACUGUUUGUGUGGGAGCCUGUCUUGUUUGGGACAUGGGAUGGAGUCUUUACUACCUGUAUGAUCAACAUCUUUGGUGUGGUGUUGUUCCUCCGCACUGGGUGGCUGGUGGUGAGUUGGAGUUUCAUUUAAUUUCAUUCAAUACAUUUAUUUGACAGGGACGAUGCACACAAAUCAACAUUUAUGUAAAUGUACCAGAUUUGGCCAGCUAGCUAGUUUUCAACUGUAGUCCCAGGGCAGGUAGCUGUAGGCAAGAGUUUUAAGGGUGGGAUCUAGACUAGUGUUUCUUUAUGAUCUUAUUCCAAGUGACCACCUAGGGGUCCCCAUACUCAACAGGCGGACCACGGGGGCCGGAUCUGGACCCAGAGCGGGGUCAAUAUGGACCGCAUGUUUUUGGUUGAGGGGGGGGACUGUCGGGCUUCGACCCCUGGUAUUAUAUGUAUACAUAACAUGGCAAAAUGUGUAGAAUUGUAGGGAAUGAGCAUUAAACCUGGAAAACGUUCUCUCCGCCAUGAAGAGGGGUGUGAACAGUUUGGGUUUGCAUGGGUUGCGAGUUGGGGGUUUGUUACUAUGCCGAUGAAUGACAAUAACCAUUCGGACAUUUGCCACCUAGGAAAUUUGUGUGACUGGACCUUCUGAAAUAGUACUUGAGUAACUCUGCCCUAGGGUGUGCACAUUUUGGUUCUAUCCCAGCAAUAACACACCUGAUUCAACUAAUCAAGGGCAUGGUGAUUCAUUGAUUUGUUGAAUCAGUAGUGUUAGUGCUGGGCUAGAUCAAAAAUGUGCACACCCUGGGCGUACCCUAGGACUGGAAUGAGAAACACUGAUCUAGGACCUGCUCCAUAUAUUGUAUGACUUUCUUUUUGUUUUUUCUCUUGAUGAUGUAAGGGGAACCUAGGUGUGUUGCUAGGUAUGCUCCUGGUAUCUGUGGUGGUUAUCGUUGCCUUGGUAACAGUGAUGUCAGGCAUCGGCGUCUGCGAGCGCUGUGGGGUCGGUAGUGGUGGAGUGUACUCCAUGAUCUCUACUGUCCUGGGAGGAAGAGUAGGAGGGACCGUGGGGCUCCUGUAUGUUUUCGGCCAGGUGAGAAACAGCAUGUUUGUGUGUGUGCGCGCCUAUAUGUUUUCAUUCCCCCUUCAUCCCCCUGCAACCCUUUGCCAGGUCAUUGUGGUAAAGGAGAACUCACCUUCAGUCAACUCACCUUUUAAAACAAAGAUUAUAUAGCUAAAUAAAUAAAAAGAUGAAUCUAUAUGUUUACAUACAAAGGUCUCAUGUAUGUCUUCUGCGUGGGUUUUGAUUUCAACAGUGUGUGGCUGGAGCCAUGUACAUCACAGGGUUCUCGGAGUCUAUCGCCCAGCUCCUGAACCUGCAGAGUGAGUGGGCCGUUAGAGGGAUGUCUGUAGUUGUCCUGCUCUGCCUUCUGGGUAUUAACCUCGCCGGGGUCAAAUGGAUCGUCCGUCUCCAGCUGAUACUACUGGCCAUGCUGGCUGUCUCAACGCUGGACUUCGUUAUAGGGACGUUUUCCCACCUCGACCCAGGUGUGUACAUAACAUGGCCUGCGGAUGUGUUGUGCUUGACAAAAUCGCAUGGACUGUAGUGUAUAGUGAACUGACAGAAGUGUGUGUGUAGAACUGACAGAAGGGCCAUGAGUGCCAGGAGUAGCACAGUGGUGGUGUGAGGAGUUGUUCUUGUUUAGCCUAGAUAAGUGGUUCUCAAACCUCUCCUUGGGGGACCCCCAGACGUUUCACAAUUGUGUUGUAGCCCUGAAUUAGCUCACCUGAUUCACCUAGUCAAGGGCUUGAUCAUUCGUUGACUAGUUAAAUCAGGUGUGCUAGCUCUGGAAUAGUUCAAAUACAUGGAAUGGCUGGGGGUCUCCGAGGAGAGGUUUGAGAACCACUGGUUAGAUCACAGGUUCAAUUAACAAUUUUGUCCAGUAGGUGUCACUGUGCCAUAAUAUAGCCUGGAGGAUAACCACAAGCUUUCUCUGUACUGCAUUUACUGUAGACUUCAGAGUUCAUAAGCCCUCUCUCAGCCCCCUAGCUUAGUUGCAAAUGUACUGCACCUCUUACUUCAUACUCGUCAUACUCUUAUGCAGUAGCAGUAGCAUAUAAACAUACCUAGUUCUUCCCCUUGGUCAAAUAAAAUCACAAAUGUUCUUUGGUUGUAGAGAACCUUAUAGGCUCCCCAUCAGUUUGACGUUUCCAGACUGUGUGUGCGUGCAUGUAGUAACUUGUGAACAAAAAUAAUGCAAAAAGGUGUACCCACACACGCUUCAGCCCAGCUUGAACAAAAAUAAUGCAUACUGUAGAAAAAAGGUGUACCCACACACGCUUCAGCCCAGCUUGAACAAAAAAGGAAUCAGGUGCUUGACUGAGGGACUUACCCCAGGACACUUCAACUGGUGACUAUUCAGGAAAAUAAAGAAAAAGGAGCACUCUGUUUCUGCAUUGAUCUGAAAUAUUGAAUGCAUGCGGUAAUCAGUGAUGAGGCAAGUUUGAUUGACUCAGGCAGCACUCAGUCUUGUGUAAUGUUUACCCAGAAGGUUUUUCAUGAUGAGGAUAUGGUGGGUGUGGUUUACCCAGAUUUGUUUUUCUUUCCCCGGCCUUCAACAGGAAGUUGAUCCCUGCUCUUCCUGUUCUCACUGAUUAUCCACUUCCAGUCCAAGGGAAGAGCACAGGUUGCGUUUCAAAUGGCACCCUACUCCUUAUGUAGUGCACUACUUUUGACAAAAGUAGUGCACUGAUUAGGGCAGGGGUUCUCAAAGUGGGAUCCGCAGUUAAUGAAGGGGGUCCACGGCCAGAUUAUUAUUAUUAUUAUUAUUAUUAUUAUUAUUAUUAUACAUUUUUUUGCAUUUAUUUUUUUAUGAAUAUUACUAACAGAUUAAAUUACUUUUGGCCAAGGGAUCCGUGGAAUAAGUUUGAAGUGUGUAAUACAUUUUAAUAAUAUUAAUCUACAAUUUAUGUUCUUAACGCUAGGCAACAUGGGCCUGUGGGGCUCACAGGGAUAUUGGUAUGCACAGUACUCCACCAAUAAAAAAUAAAUAAAAAAAAUGCACUGUAAUUUAAGCUUUGAAACUGAAAAGUUUUCUCUCUGCCUCAUGGCAAAAUGUGUAAAAUUGCAGGAAAUUUGCUUUAAAGCUGCAACAACAAAAAAUCUCUCUGCCCCAUGACAAAAUUCACUCUGAUGCCAAGAGGCGGGCCUUGUAAAUGUUAUCUGCAGACGUCAUAGUAAAACUCCUUGUAGACUAUUUUUAUUGCACUCGAGUUGUGUUCUGAUUAUGAGGGGGUCCCUGAUGAAUUUGCUAUCACAAAAAAAAAAAAGAGAAUAGGGUGCCAUUUGGGAUGCAAACACACAGUGUUCCAGUAGGAGCUGGGCAUUUCUCCUUUCUUUCUCUCAACAAACCACAAAGUGCGCUACCUAAUUGGUGGUGGUGGUGAUGGGGGUUGGUUUAGUUCAGGAAGCUGAAACCUUAAACCUUACCCCUUGCACAUCAUGUCUUUCCUCUCCUUUACAGUCCAAACCAUUCAUCCCUAAUGAUCCUCUCCUUCCCAGUCAGAACCCAGAGCCCAGGUCUGCGUCCCAAAUGGCUACCUAUUCCCUGCAUAGUGCACUACUUUUGACCAGGGCCCUAUGGGAAAAGGGUGCCAUUUGGGUUGCACCCCAGAGCUGCCAUAGGGAUCACUUCUCGUGGUUGUGGCCUAGUGAAACUGAUGCAGUGGAUUGCCCAGGCAUUUCUCAAUAAGUUGCUGCUGUGUUUUGAGGCGAUCUCAUGAUUUGGCACGGAGCCACCCUGUCCUCCAGUCUAGCAGACUAGGACUGCGUCUGAAAUGGCAACCUAUUCCAUAUAUAUUGCACUACUUUUGACCAGGGCCAAUAGAGCUUUGGUCAAAAGUAGUGCACUCUGUAGGGGAUAGGGUGCCAUUUCGGAUACACCCUUGGUUGGGGGCUGUACGGCCUGCUUUGGCUGGCACCUCCUUUAAAAAGGAGGUGCCAGGCAAAUGUGUUUAUAGUUUGAUAACACUUUAGAUCAGACUAUCAGACUGGUGAUUUGAGUAGAAGGCCAGUUGGGCUAGUCGUCAUUUACAUUUUAGUCAUUUAGCAGACGCUCGUUUUUUUUCUUCGUUUUUUUUUUCCCCCCAUAGGGUCAAGGUGGUCUCAAUGGUUAAUGCUGUCUUUUAUGGCAAGAUUUAUGUAUUUCUGGUCAUGGAUGAAGUAGAUUAAAUUCUGAAACUGAAGUGUCAAAUACUGUAGGUUUCAAGAAUGACACAUUUUGUCAUUUAGAUAGGUUGUCUAUGUUACGGAAAUGUUGUAGUAAAGGUUUGGUUACUGCUUAUUACACUACCAACAGCCAGAUGGUUACAGUUUUAUUUACCCCAUCUACCUGUCUUGAUAACUAACUGACUCUGACUGUACUCUUAAAUUUUUUUAUUAUUAUUAUUAUUUAAUUUUUUAGCAGACGCUCUUAUCCAGAGCGACUUAAAGUUUUUAGUGAGUGCAUACAUAUUCAUACUGGCCCCCCGUGGGAAUCGAACCCACAACCCUGCAAACGCCAUGCUCUACCAGCUGAGCUACAUGGGACAACUAAUGCGGUAUAGACGUCUGAGAGGUAAAGGAAUGAUUAACAAACAGUUCCUCGUGGGAGAAUCCAGAAGCUCUAUGCCACUCCCAGUAGUGCCAUAACUUUGAGUGAAAUAUAAAUACAUUUGAAAUAUCUUCUAAAUCUCUAACAUUUCUGCAUCGUUAUCCUGAUACUGAUCUGUGCUCUGUGUGGGAAAACUCAUUAUAUGAGUCAAAUGGGAAUACAUCUAACCCUUUAAAAGAGAGAACACGUUUUGAUUUGUGAAGUGAUCUUAACUUCCUUCCCCUGUUCAUGUAACUGUUUAAUGAUGUAGUCUGACAAGUAAUUCCUGGCUGCAGUAGUGUGGUCUGACUCUCGGGUAGUCUCAGUAGUGUGGUCUGACUCUCGGGUAGUCUCAGUAGUGUGGUCUGACUCUCGGGUAGAAAAAAUACAGGAGUCUCAGUAGUGUGUACACUGGACGAUAAAGUCAUCUUCUUCGUAACUAAUAUAAUAACUAUCCUCUGUCCUCACGUUAUAGAGUCUGUGAAUCAUGCAUGCAUGUGUUCAUUUAUUUAACCAGUGGAAUUUAAGGGUAUAUUUCCUGUAACCAAAGGUGUUGGCACUCAUCCCCCCCACCCCCCUUUCACUUGUCCCUCUUGAUCUUAAUUUGAACUCUUUUCCAGAUUGAACAUACAGGAAGUUCCAGAAUGUGUUUCAUUGUUUUGGUUGUAGGGUGUUAACCGGGCUCACCCACAUUUUUGGACAAUGACAAAAAGAAAAGGCCGGAACCCAGAUUUGAGAGAGCUGCUCUUGAGACCAAGCGCCAAAUCAUCACAUCCUGUGAUAUUAUGAAGGGUCCUCCAAUCAGAGGAUCAGGGACUCCUCCCAAUGAAUACUGUCCUGGUUGUGGGUCAAAUCCAACUAAAUAAAUAGAAAAGUGAAUUAUAGGAUCUCUAUGGUCAUGGUCACCAUUCUCCAGUCAGCACGCAUGCAUACUUUUUUUAAUUGUAUUUUUUUAAACCUUUGGUCAGUGUGGGUGAAUGAGAGAAGUGGGUAGAGCUGUGUCGGUUGAAGUUGGUGUGUGUUAACACCAUUAUGUUAUACAGUGGCUUGCGAAAGUAUUCACCCCCCUUGGCAUUUUUCCUAUUUAGUUGCCUUACAACCGGGAACUAAAAUUGAUUUUUUAUGGGGGUUUGUAUCAUUUGAUUUACACAACAUGCCUACCACUUUGAAGAUGCAAAAUAAUUUUUAUUGUGAAACAAACAAGAAAUAAGACAAAAAAACAGAGAACUUGAGCGUGCAUAACUAUUCACCCCCCCAAAGUCAAUACUUUGUAGAGCCACCUUUUGCAGCAAUUACAGCUGCAAGUCUCUUUUGGUAUGUCUCUAUAAACUUGGCACAUCUAGCCACUUGGAUUUUUGCCCAUUCUUCAAGGCAAAACUGCUCCAACUCCUUCAAGUUGGAUGGGUUCUGCUGGUGUACAGCAAUCUUUAAGUCAUACCACAGAUUCUCAAUUGGAUUGAGGUCUAGGCUUUGACUAGGCCAUUCCAAGACAUUUCAAUGUUUCCCCUUAAACCACUUGAGUGUUGCUUUAGCAGUAUGCUUAGGGUCAUUGUCCUGCUGGAAGGUGAACCUCCGUCCCAGUCUCAAAUCUCUGGAAGACUGAAACCGGUUUCCCUCAAGAAUUUCCCUGUAUUUAGCGCUAUCCAUCAUUCCUUCAAUUCUGACCAGUUUCCCAGUCCCUGCCGAUUUAAAAACAUCCCCACAGCAUGAUGCUGCCACCACCAUGCUUCACUGUGGGGAUGGUGUUCUCGGGGUGAUGAGAGGUGUUGGGUUUGCGCCAGACAUAGCGUAAUCCUUGAUGGCCAGAGUACCUUCUUCCAUAUGUUUGGGGAGUCUCCCACAUGCCUUUUGGCGAACACCAAACGUGUUUGCUUAUUUUAUUCUUUAAGCAAUGGCUUUUUUCUGGCCACUCUUCCGUAAAGCCCAGAUCUGUGAAGUGUACGGCUUAAAGUGGUCCUAUGGACAGAUACUCCAAUCUCCGCUGUGGAGCUUUGCAGCUCCUUCAGGGUUAUCUUUGGUCUCUUUGUUGCCUCUCUGAUUGAUGCCCUCCUUGCCUGGUCCGUGAGUUUUGGUGGGCGGCCCUCUCUUGGCAGGUUUGUUGUGGUGCUAUAUUCUUUCCAUUUUUUAAUAAUGGAUUUAAUGGUGCUCCGUGGGAUGUUAAAAGUUUCGGAUAUUUUUUUAUAACCCAACUUUGAUCUGUACUUCUGCACAACUUUGUCCCUGACCUGUUUGGAGAGCUCCUUGGUCUUCAUGGUGCCGCUUGCUUGGUGGUGCCCCUUGCUUAGUGGUGUUGCAGACGCUGGGGCCUUUCAGAACAGGUGUAUAUAUACUGAGAUCAUGUGACAGAUCAUGUGACACUAAGAUUGCACACAGGUGGACUUUAUUUAACUAAUUAUGUGACUUCUGAAGGUAAUUGGUUGCAUCAGAUCUUAUUUAGGGCCUUAAUAGCAAAGGGGUUGAAUACAUAUUUACGCACCACUUUUCCGUUAUUUAUUUUUUUAGAAUCUUUUUAAACAAGUUAUUUUUUUCAUUUCACUUCACCAAUUUUGACUAUUUUGUGUAUGUCCAUUACAUGAAAUCCAAAUAAAAAUCAAUUUCAAUUACAGGUUGUAAUGCAACAAAAUAGGAAAAACGCCAAGGGGGAUGAAUACUUUUGCAAGGCACUGUAUAAGUGUGGUGCUCGUGGACACUGGGGGUGUGUCCCAGAUGGCACCCUAUUCCCUACAUGGUGCACUACUUUUGACAAGAGCCCUAUGGGGCUAUAGAGAAUAAGGUGCCGUUUGGGACACAACCUGCCUGGGCCUGUCUGUUCUGUUGUACUUCAGUUACAUUAUCAUUGUUUGGAUAGAGGGAGGUCUCGGUUGGUCAUGUAAUGUACAGGAAUUUGGUGGGUAUUGUUGUUUCAUUUUGAAAUUUGACCUUGUUAUUAUAUUUAGUUUCUAAAAGCGAGGUCGUGUUGGGUUCGUUCUGUGGUGUUGCUGCAGUGUUAGAAUGAGAGAACAUGAGGUGUCUCUUUCUCUUUCUCUCUCUCUCUCUCUCUCUUACUUUCUCUCUUACUCUCUAUCUCUGUCUCUCUAUAUUAGUUUCUCUCUCUCUCUCUUUAUUACUCUCUCUUACUUACUCUCUAUCUCUCUCUAUAUUAGUUGCUCUCUCUCUCUCUAUAUAUUAGUUUCUCUCUCUCUCUCUCUCUUACUCUCUCUCUCUAUUAGUCUCUCACUCUCUUUAUUACUCUCUCUCCCCCACCUCUCUCUAAUACAAAUUACUCAUCACACAGAAGACAUUUGUAAGACUAGCCACCUCCUCUAACUACUUGGCUCCAACUGCCCCUCUGUUUAAGAAACUCAAUAUAUUGUCUAUCUACAACAUUAAUAUACUCCACUUAUGCGCCUACAAAUACAUAUACCUCCCAGACAGCCUACCUAAACCCUUCAAUGGAUUCUUCUAGGUUAAUUCCCAAAUCCAUGCGUACAUCACAAGACUCUGCGAUAACCUUCACCCUCCCCACUGCCGCACCUCACAUAGUCAAUUCUCUAUCAGAUACAGAUGUUCCAUACUCUGGAAUUCCUAUCUUCACAUUGCCAAAACAUCAUCAUCCCUCAAUAACUUCAAACAUAGACUAGGGGUCAGCCUGAUGAACCAAACUACCCAGUAGUCUCCUCCAUGUAGCCUAACUCCCACAUGCACACACAUAAUCAAGCAUGUUUUUUCUUGUAUACUGAGUAUAUAAUGUACAUUUAUAAUUAGUAUGCUCGUUUUAACAGAUUUUUUAAAAACGUAUUUGUAUAUUGGGUUUUGUGGUGUGAUUUUUCAUAUAGGCCCUUUUAGGUUUCCAACCUCAUCUGCACACAGUUUUUACCAGUUUUCUAUCUGUACUAUUUUUUCUUUCACUGUUUUUCUUUGGUGCGAAUAAAUAAAACCUAAAACCCUACCUCUCUCUCUCUCUCUCUCUCUCGCUCUUCCUCUUGGACUUGGAACCAGCAGGGCUUCUGAAAAGGGUGGCGACUUCCUUUUGGAUAAACAUGUCAUUCAUCUGAGAGAACAAAUUCUUUCCCAUCGCAAGAUAACCAUGAGGGAAGUGUUUGAUGUUCUUACAUAGGCGGGUCCUUCAGAUUUCACCCUCUGGAUUAAACCUUUUAACCCCACCAGAACAUGGCUCUGUCCCAAAUGGCGCUCAAUUCCCUAUAUAGUGCACUACUUUUGACCCUAUGGGCCCUGGUCAAAGGCAGUGCACUAUAUAGGGAAUAGGGUGCUAUUUGGGAUGCAGCCUUACUGUACCUCAACCUCGGGAGGAACCACAUGAACCAUUACAAAGACUUCAGGAAUAGUUUCUUGCAGCUGAAUAACUUGAUUCAUACAAGCUUUUAUUCAUGGUCAUUGAAUACAUUUCUUUAUAUUUUCUUGUUUUUUAAUUGCUUGUAGGCUGUUUGUGUAGGCUUACCAUUUACUCCACAGUUGCUUAUAUAGCUGUACUGCUUGCAGUCCUCCCUGCAUAUCAUGACCAGCUAUGUGCGCUGAAAUCUAAACUAUCCAUACUCCACAUGCCCCAUGUAACAUUUUAUAACGUGGUGUGAACAAAUCAAUCAUGUCCACCCAACGGUAAAGCAGCACAAUGUUUAUCUCUGUGCUUUUCUUGCAAAUGUUUGUCGGGCGCCUGUGUGAGAGUUGUUGUCUGUGAGUGAGCACGCCCAGCCCAGCUCUCUCUCUGUGCUGUUUAACUUGGCUAGUGUUACUGUAAACUAGGUCCUGGCCCCCUGAUUGCACGCAUCUAGGCGGGGCGGAUAUGGUUCCUCUCCUCCUGGACAGUUACAUAAGGGGCUGGGUUAUGGUUAGGGUUCUAAGGGUCUGGAGUUGUCUGUCAGGAUCAGAGCAGACACUUCUGUCUUGAUCCUGGGGGGUUAGAGUUAGGGUUAGACUGGUUCCUGAACCCAGCCCUGGUCUUACCUAACACUGGAAAAAAGACUAGGGUCACUCUCUCUCUCUAUUACUCUCUCUUUCUCUAUUACUCUCUCUCUUUCUCUUUAUUUCUCUCUCACUCUCUCUCUUAGACUGCAGAAUUAGGUUGCUGUUAAACAGUCCGAUUUUCUUUCAUCCUUCCAACUAAAUAUCAUGUCAGAAAAGCAUUUGGAAAUGUGACGUAAAGAGGAGCGCUACAUGAGCAGGAGUGAAGUCACUGUCCACAUAUGACGGUGAAGACCCACAUCAUACCGGCACUCUCAAUAAAGCCAACUUAUCAUCUGACCAUAUCCUGUGAUUUCUUUAUUCUGUAUCAGUUAAAAAUAUUUUUACUUAUACAGCUCACAGGCUUUUAGCAUAGCCCCUUUUACACUCCUGGCUUACCUCUACUAGCUAACCACUAGCAGCCUUGAAACACAGAUCAGCACAUCAGCAGUUCUUGUACUGUUACACACAAUCAAGAUAAACCUUUACCAUCAUAGUAGACAUUGAACGACUAUAACCAAACUGGCUAGAACGCUGUUGUUGGCCGACGGUAGCUAUAGCUAGCCACAUGCUAACCUGAGUGCUACUACUAGCAGCAGUACAUCCAAGUAUAAUGGCUAACAAACAUUGGCUAGCAUGAUAUCUUGCAAGUUAUAUCGGCCAAUAAAGAUCAGGCAGUUCAGCAAAAAUAAAGACAUACUUUUUAAAAAACAAUUACAUUUAAUCCAAUUGGUAUUUAUUUCUGCAAAAUGGUGGUUGUAGCUUGCUUGCUUGCUAUCUAGCUAGCUUAUUCCACCCCCAAACACCAUUCUAGAUUCAUGUGAGUGGGCCAGUUUGACAUAACAUGACAACUCUUUGGCCACUUUAGUACCUACUUACACGAUUCACCUCCAUCACCGAAGCCACCCGCCGUUGUGCUGUAGUAACACCGGUGCGGUCAGUGGACUUGGAGUCUUCAUUGACUGUGGGCACAGAACCAUUUAUUUCCCUCAGCUUCAUGGUGAAUCAAUCCACUCUUCCAAUGUUGGUAGCAAUCAUAAUCGUUUUUGACAGUGAGCCCUGCCUGUGACUUAAGAACCAGGCAGGGGUUCCCCUGCCCCAGUCUGCCCACCGCAUCCUCACUAAGCGGCCCUACUUUCUUCCUAUCUUAUCGCAUUUCGGGCCAAACAUGCAUACCGAUAAACAGUGGUUGUAGUGCACUGCCGCCACCACCAGGCCGUUCCCUUCUUGACGUCAAAGCCUAAAUGUAUUGUUGGAGUUUUCAAUAAAUGUAAUUCAAAUUGCUAAAAUGGAAGUGUAUAAUUAUUGUGUUUUUUUAUAAACUUUUGCAUAAAGUCAGUUUUAAAUGUAAUAUCAUCAAUCUAUGUUGUUAGAUUUGUGAAAAUAAAUUGUGCAACCUGCCCUUUAAAGCCUGCAGUAAGGAUGCUUUAUAACCUGUUAUGAGGUCCCGUGUAACUCAGUUGGUAGAGCAUGGCGCUUGCAACGCCAGGGUUGUGGGUUCGAUUCCCACGGGGGGCCAGUAUGAAAAAAAAAAAAUUAUGCACUCAGUAACUGUAAGUCGCUCUGGAUAAGAGCGUCUGCUAAAUGACUAAAAUGUAAAAUGUAAAUGUAAUGAGCAUGUAUGAGCCUUAAUAAUAAUCAGCAGGUUUUCCGUAAAAUGUUACCAGAAGUUAUGGAAUUGGGCAGGAGUUAAAAUGCCUAAGAGCAUUAUGAAAACUUAAUGAUCACGAUAUCCACACAAAUAAGAGACUUAACUUUAUGCUGAAUCUCUGUUAAACCUUGGCCUUUGUGGAUGUUUUGUUGUUUCAGAGCAUGGCUUCGUAGGGUACUCCCAGGAGCUGCUACGUAAGAACGCUCUACCAGACUACACAACAGGAGAAGGAUUCUUCACUGUAUUUGGAGUGUUCUUCCCCGCUGCUACAGGUGAACUACUAUAGCCAUGUUUACAGCUGCUUACGUGUUUACAUUUUGGUAAUUUAGCAGACACUCUUAUCCAGAGUGACUUAUACAGUCUGUGCAUUCAACUAAGUAAGUAAGUAAGUAAGUAAGUAAGUUACAAAAUCACAUAUCACAGUCAUUGCACAGUCCCUGCUCUAGGUCUAACACUGUCACAUUCUAGUGGUUCAAAGGACCGACUAUAAACAAUGCUUUAAAUGCAUCUGUAAGGUGUCCUGCUGUUCAAUGGUCAUAAACAAUGCCCUUUUCUAGCCAUAGGUGUGAGCUUCCACAGUGACAAUUUAUAUAAAUGUGGUUAUAAUAGUUAUAAUUAUAAUAGUUAUAGUUAUAAUAUAAUAAUGAUCUAGUCCUGUCCCUGGUGCUUCGGUGUGAUGGCAGGCUUCAACAUGAGCUCUGAUCUGUCUGUGAUCAUAACAGUCAAUCCUCCUGUCCUGUGUCUUGUAUGUAGGUGUGAUGGCAGGCUUCAACAUGAGCUCAGAUCUGCAGAGACCUGAACACAACAUCCCUGUGGGAACACUGGCUGCCGUCUGUACCUCGUACGUGUCUGUUGUUACUACCAACACUUAUAUCAUUGAGGUGUUCCAGGACUUGUUCCUCAGCCUUUUUUUUGCUGGGGAUUAGAAAAACAUUAUACCAUUUUAUCUUUAUUCCCACACCACUCCCAACAUGCCAUGAAGCAUUUAGGAUCUUGUGACAUAAUUUCCUAUUUAUAGUGAGAUGUGUGAUUUUCCAUCUAACUGAUGAAAAACUGGGGGUGGUAUUGUUGGCCACUACAGGUGGUUCCUGUAUCUGGUCUUUGUGUUUCUGCUGGGAGCCAUCUGCACCAGAGAGGCACUGCACUUCGACUUCUUAAUAGCAGAAAAGGUAAACUCUCUCUGUCCAUCCUCCUUUCCUCAUUGUGACCAUAGUGACUACUUCCUUUUGAAGAGCUUACUCUCUUUCCUAUUGAUGAUCAAGUUCAGAAGUAUUCAUGUCCAAUGUACAGUGAGGGAAAAAGGUAUUUGAUUCCCUGCUGAUUUUGCACGUUUGCCCACUGACAAAGAAAUGAUCAGUCUAUAAUUUUAAUGGUAGGUUUAUUUGAACAGUGAGAGACAGAAUAACAACAACACAAUCCAGAAAAACGCAUGUCAAAAAUGUUAUAAAUUGAUUUGCAUUUUAAUGAGGGAAAUAAGUAUUUGACCCCCUCUCAAUCAGAAAGAUUUCUGGCUCCCAGGUGUCUUUUAUACAGGUAAAGAGCUGAGAUUAGGAGCACACUCUUAAAGGGAGUGCUCCUAAUCUCAGCUUGUUACCUGUAUAAAAGACACCUGUCCACAGAAACAAUCAAUCAAUCAGAUUCCAAACUUUCCACCAUGGCCAAGACCAAAGAGCUCUCCAAGGAUGUCAGGGACAAGAUUGUAGACCUACACAAGGCUGGAAUGGGCUACAAGACCAUCGCCAAGCAGCUUGGUGAGAAGGUGACAACAGUUGGUGCGAUUAUUCGCAAAUGGAAGAAACACAAAAUAACUGUUAAUCUCCCUCAGCCUGGGGCUCCAUGCAAGAUCUCACCUCGUGGAGUUGUAAUGAUCAUGAGAACGGUGAGGAAUCAGCCCAGAACUACACGGGAGGAUCUUGUCAAUGAUCUCAAGGUAGCUGGGACCAUAGUCACCAAGAAAACAAUUGGUAACACACUACGCCGUGAAGGACUGAAAUCCUGCAGCGCCCGCAAGUUCCCCCUGCUCAAGAAAGCACAUAUACAGGGCAGUCUGAAGUUUGCCAAUGAACAUCUGAAUGAUUCAGAGGAGAACUGGGUGAAAGUGUUGUGGUCAGAUGAGAUCAAAAUCGAGCUCUUUGGCAUCAACUCAACUCGCCGUGUUUGGAGGAGGAGAAAUGCUGCCUAUGACCCCAAGAACACCAUCCCCACCGUCAAACAUGGAGGUGGAAACAUUAUGCUUUGGGGGUGUUUUUCUGCUAAGGGGACAGGACUACUUCACCGCAUCAAAGGGACGAUGGACGGGGCCAUGUACCGUCAAAUCUUGGGUGAGAACCUCCUUCCCUCAGCCAGGGCAUUGAAAAUGGGUUGUGGAUGGGUAUUCCAGCAUGACAAUGACCCAAAACACACGGCCAAGGCAACAAAGGAGUGGCUCAAGAAGAAGCACAUUAAGGUCCUGGAGUGGCCUAGCCAGUCUCCAGACCUUAAUCCCAUAGAAAAUCUGUGGAGGGAGCUGAAAGUUCGAGUUGCCAAACGUCGGCCUCGAAACCUUAAUGACUUGGAGAAGAUCUGCAAAGAGGAGUGGGACAAAAUCCGUCCUGAGAUGUGUGCAAACCUGGUGGCCAACUACAAGAAAUGUCUGACCUCUGUGAUUGCCAACAAGGGUUUUGCCACCAAGUACUAAGUAAUGUUUUGCAGAGGGGUCAAAUACUUAUUUCCCUCAUUAAAAUGCAAAUCAAUUUAUAACAUUUUUGACAUGCGUUUUUCUGGAUUUUUUAGUUGUUAUUCUGUCUCUCAUUGUUCAAAUAAACCUACCAUUAAAAUUAUAGACUGAUCAUGUCUUUGUCAGUGGGCAAACGUACAACAUCAGCAGGGGAUCAAAUACUUUUUUCCCUCACUGUAGGUGUGAUGUGUGUGAUAGAAGGAGUCAGGCGCAGGAGAGUAAUACGCAUCCAAAGAGUUUAUUCCAUCGAUAAACAGUUGCGCGAGCAUGUGACAACAAAACUCAGGCACAGGGGAAAUAUCUACCCAGGCAACAACAAGGUAAGGGUAGCUCAACCGAGCUACACACAGCUCACUACAAACAAUCACCCACACAGACAAGGAAGCAGAGGGAACACUUAUACAAUUACUAAUUGGGGAUAAGGACCAGGUGUGUGUGAUUAAUUAGACAAGACAAGUGGAGUGAUGAUAAAUGGAUCGGCAGCAGCUAGUAAGCCGGUGACAACGAACGCUAAAACCUGCCCGAACAAGGAGGGGAGGCAGCCUCGGCGGAAGUCAUGACAGUACUUCCUACACAUUCUUCAACAUUUUGAACAUGUACACAGACAUAGGCUACACAAUAAUUGUCUGUGUGUUCCCUUAUAUCCUAACUGUGUGAUAGGCAUAAUGGGAAUCUGUUAUUAUAAGUGUGAUGAAGUAGCCUGGUCACAUAUCUGUUUAUGUUGUCUUGCUAACUUCUAUGCUAAUUAUUGUAAUUACCGAAAUGAGAGAAACGUUGUACUGCUGAGGUCAAUACCCUCCCACCCCCCCACCCCCACACUCUCCCCAGUCACAGCUGUCCCUACACCAGCUAGCAGGGGGAGGUGGUGGAAGGGUGUGGGCGCUAGGGUUGAUACACUGUACAGGGGGUGCAGCUCAGCUGUCUGGGGUGGGGGGUUGGAUUAGUGGGUGGUGGUGUACGGGGGGUUGAGAGGGAUGGGCUAUCUAUUGCAUAUGUGUACACGUUAUCUACAGCAUAUGGUACAGCAGAAAUACUAUUGAGCUCAGUGCAAAUAUACAGCACACACAUUUUGUACACCAAGUUUUUUUUUAAGGGGGUAGAUUAGCUUUAAAAUUGCAGAUAGAUUGUAACUUCCAUCAAUGUAAUUGUCUGCAUCACUUCCAAUCCCCCAUAUGUUUUUUUUUCUCGCAAAUAUAUAUAUACAGUGAGCUCCAUAAUUCACUGGACAGUGACCAUUCUUUUGUUAUUUUGGUUCUGUACUCUAGCACUUUGAGUUUGAAAGGAUACAAUGACAAUGAGGGUGAAGUGCAGACUGUCAGCUUUAAUUUGAGGGUAUUUUCAUACAUAUCGGAUGAACCGUUUCCGAAUUAUAGAAGCUUUUGUACAUGGUCCCCCCCAUUUUCGGGCAUCAAAAAACAUUGGACAGUUUAACAUAAUGUAGAAUAAAGUAAUCAUUGUCAAUAUUUGGUCGCAUAUCCUUUGCAUGCAAUGACUGCUUGAAGUCUGCGAUGCAUCGCCAUCACCAGACGCUGGGUAUCUUCCCUGGUGAUGCUCUGCCAGGCCUGUACUGCAGCCAUCUUAAGUUCCUGCUUGUUUCGGGGACUUAUUGCCUUAAGUCUCCUCUUCAGCAUGUAAAAUGCAUGUUCAAUUGGAUUCAGAUCUGGUGAUUGACUCGGCCAGUCAAGGAUUUUCCACUUUUUGGCCAUCAAAAACCCCUUUGUUGCUCUAGCAGUAUGUUUAGGGUCAUUGUCUUGUUGCAUGAUUAAGUGCCGUCCAAUGAGUUUGGAGGCAUUUGGUUUUAUCUGAGCAGAUAAAAUAUUUCUGUAGACUUCAGAAUUCAUUGUUCUACUUCUGUCUGCAGUCACAUCAUCGAUGAAGACAAGUGAGCCUGUUCCACUGGCAGCCAUACAGGCCCAAGCCAUAACACCCCCUCCACCAUGUUUCAUGGAUGAGGUGGUAUGCUUUGGAUCAUGGGCAUUUCUUUUUUUUCUCCACACUUUUGUCUUUCCAUCACUCUGGUACAUGUUAAUCUUUGUCUCAUCUGUCCACAAUACUUUUUUCCAGAACUCUUGGGGCUCUUUUAGGUGCUUUUUAGCAAACUGUAAUCUUGCCUUUCUGUUCUUCAGGCUUAUCAGUGGUUUGCAUCUUGUAGUGUACCCUCUGUAGUCCUGCUGGUGUAGUCUUCUGCAUAUGGUAGACUUUGACACAUCUACACCUGCAUCCAGGAGAGUGUUUUUGAUCUGUUGGGCUGUUAUCAGGGGUUUUUUCUUCACCAUAGAGAGUAUUCUCCGGUCAUCCACUACAGUGGUCUUCCUUCCUCUGUCUACCGGGUCUUUUGACAUAAUUGAGUUCACCGGUUGUUUUUUUCUUGUUAAUGAUGAACAAAACUGUUGACUUGGGCAUGGCCAGGUUUUUUUGCAAUGUUCCUGAAUGAUUGAUUUUCAUUUCUGAGCCUUAUGACGGCCAACUUCAUUUGCAUCGACACUGCUGUCUUCCUCAUGUUGUCACACCCCAAUAACAACCUCCAAAGGCAAUAGCAACGUCUAGAAUCAUUACUAUUCAUCAACAGCUCUCCUGCAUUCACUAACGACACAAAUGAAUACACCUGCCUAACGACACACAUCUGUGAAGCCAAUUUAACAAAUACUUGUAGUACCUUAAAAUGGGGGGACCAUGUACAAAAGGUGCUGUCAUUUCUAAACGGUUCAUCCGAUAUGUAUGAAAAUACCCUCAAAUUAAAGCUGACAGUCUGCACUUCACGCUCAUUGUCAUUGUAUCCUUUCAAACUCAAAGUGCUAGAGUACAGAACCAAAAUAACAAAACAAUGGUCACUGUCCAAUGAAUUAUGGAGCUCACUGUAUAUACAUAUACAUACACAAACAUAUACACAUACAUACAUAUAAAUACAUACACAUACAUACAGUGAGGGAAAAAAGUAUUUGAUCCCCUGCUGAUUUUGUACGUUUGCCCACUGACAAAGAAAUGAUCAGUCUAUAAUUUUAAUGGUAGGUUUAUUUGAACAGUGAGAGACAGAAUAACAACAAAAAAAUACAGAAAAACGCAUGCCGAAAAUGUUAUAAAUUGAUUUGCAUUUUAAUGAGGGAAAUAAGUAUUUGACCCCCUCUCAAUCAGAAAGAUUUCUGGCUCCCAGGUGUCUUUUAUACAGGUAACGAGCUGAGAUUAGGAGCACACUCUUAAAGGGAGUGCUUCUAAUCUCAGUUUGUUACCUGUAUAAAAGACACCUGUCCACAGAAGCAAUCAAUCAAUCAGAUUCCAAACUCUCCACCAUGGCCAAGACCAAAGAGCUCUCCAAGGAUGUCAGGGACAAGAUUGUAGACCUACACAAGGCUGGAAUGGGCUACAAGACCAUCGCCAAGCAGCUUGGUGAGAAGGUGACAACAGUUGGUCCGAUUAUUCGCAAAUGGAAGAAACACAAAAGAACUGUCAAUCUCCCUCGGCCUGGGGCUCCAUGCAAGAUCUCACCUCGUGGAGUUGCAAUGAUCAUGAGAACGGUGAGGAAUCAGCCCAGAACUACACGGGAGGAUCUUGUCAAUGAUCUCAAGGCAGCUGGGACCAUAGUCACCAAGAAAACAAUUGGUAACACACUAUGCCGUGAAGGACUGAAAUCCUGCAACGCCCGCAAGGUCCCCCUGCUCAAGAAAGCACAUACAGUGGGGGAAAAAAGUAUUUAGUCAGCCACCAAUUGUGCAAGUUCUCCCACUUAAAAAGAUGAGAGAGGCCUGUAAUUUUCAUCAUAGGUACACGUCAACUAUGACAGACAAAAUGAGGGAAAAAAAUCCAGAAAAUCACAUUGUAGGAUUUUUAAUGAAUUUAUUUGCAAAUUAUGGUGGAAAAUAAGUAUUUGGUCACCUACAAACAAGCAAGAUUUCUGGCUCUCACAGACCUGUAACUUCUUCUUUAAGAGGCUCCUCUGUCCUCCACUCGUUACCUGUAUUAAUGGCACCUGUUUGAACUUGUUAUCAGUAUAAAAGACACCUGUCCACAACCUCAAACAGUCACACUCCAAACUCCACUAUGGCCAAGACCAAAGAGCUGUCAAAGGACACAAGAAACAAAAUUGUAGACCUGCACCAGGCUGGGAAGACUGAAUCUGCAAUAGGUAAGCAGCUUGGUUUGAAGAAAUCAACUGUGGGAGCAAUUAUUAGGAAAUGGAAGACAUACAAGACCACUGAUAAUCUCCCUCGAUCUGGGGCUCCACGCAAAAUUCAUUAAAAAUCCUACAAUGUGAUUUUCUGGAUUUCUUUUUCUCAUUUUGUCUGUCAUAGUUGACGUGUACCUAUGAUGAAAAUUACAGGCCUCUCUCAUCUUUUUAAGUGGGAGAACUUGCACAAUUGGUGGCUGACUAAAUACUUUUUUCCCCCACUGUAUACAGGCCCGUCUGAAGUUUGCCAAUGAACAUCUGAAUGAUUCAGAGGAGAACUGGGUGAAAGUGUUGUGGUCAGAUGAGACCAAAAUGGAGCUCUUUGGCAUCAACUCAACUCACCGUGUUUGGAGGAGGAGGAAUGCUGCCUAGAGGAGAACUGGGUGAAAGUGUUGUGGUCAGAUGAGACCAAAAUGGAGCUCUUUGGCAUCAACUCAACUCACUGUGUUUGGAGGAGGAGGAAUGCUGCCUAUGACCCCAAGAACACCAUCCCCACUGUCAAACAUGGAGGUGGAAACAUUAUGCUUUGGGGGUGUUUUUCUGCUAAGGGGACAGGACAACUUCACCGCAUCAACGGGACGAUGGACAGGGCCAUGUACCGUCAAAUCUUGGGUGAGAACCUCCUUCCCUCAGCCAGGGCAUUGAAAAUGGGUGGUGGAUGGGUAUUCCAGCAUGACAAUGACCCAAAACACACGGCCAAGUCAACAAAGGAGUGGCUCAAGAAGAAGCACAUUAAGGUCCUGGAGUGGCCUAGCCAGUCUUUAGACCUUAAUCCCAUAGAAAAUCUGUGGAGGGAGCUGAAGGUUUGAGUUGCCAAACGUCAGCCUCGAAACCUUAAUGACUUGGAGAAGAUCUGCAAAAAGGAGUGGAACAUAAUCCCUCGUGAGAUGUGUGCAAACCUGGUGGCCAACUACAAGAAACGUCUGACCUCUGUGAUUGCCAACAAGGGUUUUGCCACCAAGUACUAAGUCAUGUUUUGCAGAGGGGUCAAAUACUUAUUUCCCUCACUGUAUAUACAUCUCCUUUUUUAAAAUAUAUUUCCCUUUAUUACUUUCCAACCCCACCACCCCUUCCCUAAUUGGAGUAAACUAGUGAAGAACAAUGCUUAGGCCUCUACUUCCAGCUUAUACAUGCUAUAUACAUUUUAUGGACACAGUCAAUUUUACAAUAAUUAUAUUUUGUUUGUUUUUACUCCUGAACUUCCUCUACCCUCAACCUCUCUGAUCAUUUUCAUGAAGUCCAUCCGGUUUGCUUCUAUAUGCCAUAUCUUUCUAACUGUGCUCUUUCACAAAAGCUCUCAACCUAUAACCUAUAUACUUAUUAUGGACACAGUAUGCUUUACAUUAGUUAUCUUGUUGUUAUUAGUUGUUAGUUGUUAUUAGUCCCAUCCUUUAACUCCAUUCAACACCACCCAUCUAUCUCUUAACACCGUCCAUAUUGGAUUUCUAUUUGCCAUAUAUUUUUCAACUGUAUUGUGAUGUUUUACAAAAGUUCUGAACCCUUCUAUUCUCAUUGUUUCUACAGAUUGUAAAUUGAAAAUAAACAUUUUUGCUAAAAGUAUUAUUAUAUUAUUGAUCGAUUGAGUAUGACUUUUCAGAUCACCCAGUAGUGCUAUCUGCAGAGUUAGCUCCAUGUAAAUAUUGCAAUCCUUUAGCCAUUCCUGGACCUGUGUCCAAAAACAAGCUACAAAUGGACAGUACCAAAACAAAUGAUCUAAUGAUUCUGUCUCUUCGCAGCAAAAUCUGCAGAGCUGGGAGGAUUGUAUCCCCCAUAUAAAUAACAUUCUAUUGGUAGCAAGAAUUUUGUAUAAUAAUUUAAAUUGAAAAAUUCUACGUUUUGAAUCCGGCGUCGUUUUGCGUAUCAGUUCAUAAACACUAUGCCAUGGAAUCGGUACGUCAAAUCUCUUCGCAACUAUUUUGCAAUCUAUAUGGGACGGCUGUCAAUCCUUUGGUCCUUGAUUGAAACUGGUAUAAUUUUCUUUAACCAAUUAUGUUCUUUAAUGCAGGGCCGACAGACAAGUUCCUUACUUUUUCCCCCUUCCACUUUCCUCUUCCAUUUUUGCGGUAAUGCUGCAAUUAUUUGGUUGUAAUUUUGGGUAGAGCAGACAUUUCCAUAUCUUUUUGUUAGCUGCAUGUACGACAUAACUCCACCAGUCCUACCGAUGAUAUCAUUUACGAAGAUUAUACCUUUUAUAAACAUUCUUUAAAAAAAUAACGUUUUUUUUAUCAAUUAGUAUAUUUGAGUUUAACCACAAUAUUUGUUGCAUUAUUUGUUCUUUCGUUUCUGGAGGAUUAAAUAGAAAUUGCAACCAAUUUUCAAUGGCUUGUUUUAGAAAUUGUGAUAUUUGGGAGAUGAUUUCCUUUUCAAACUGAAAGUGAGAGGUUGUAAUCUGAAUAAAGGGAAAAAGGCCAUUCUUGAACAUUGGGUGAGACAAUCUUACUAAUUUGCUAGAGAACCAGUUCGGAUUUAAGUAUGACUGAAGCUUUUAGUGAUAGGUCUAAUGCUUUAAUAUUUAAUAAUUUCUGUCCUCCGAAUUCAUAUUCAUUAUAUAAAUAGGCCCAUUUCAUUUUGUCUGGCUUGCCGUUCCAAAUAAAAUUGAAUAUUUUUUUCUCAUAUAAUUUAAAAAACUGUUUGCUAGGCGUAGGCAAGACCAUAAGCAAAUAGGUAAACUGGGAUAAUACUAAAGAGUUAAUCAGGGUGAUUUUUCCACAAAUGUACAGGUAUUUACCUUUCCAUGGUAGCAAGAUCUUAUCUAUUUUUGCUAACUUUCUAUUAAAAUGUAAUGGAGUGAGAUCAUUUAUUUCAUUUGGGAUAUGUGUGCUGAGUAUAUCCACAUCACUAUCAGACCAUUUUAUUGGUAAACUACAUGGUAAUGUAAAAAUUGUAUUUUUUAGUGAUCCAAUACGUAAUAUAGUACAUUUAUCAUAAUUUGGUUGUAAUCCAGAGAGGUUAGAAAAUGUAUCUAGAUCCCCUAUGAGGCUGUACACCAAGUUCUUUGCAAACAGAUUUAUUUGUGAUUUCAAAAAAUUUUUUACUCAUGGUAACACUUGAUUUAAAGCCUGCAGGUAAAUCAAAUCAAAUUGUAUUGGUCACAUACACAUAUUUAGCAGAUGUUAUUGCGGGUGUAGCAAAAUGCUUGUACAAAGUUGCUUAGGAGCUAGAAGCAGAGCUGCCAUGUCUGUCGGCGCCAUCUUUUAACUAGUAAAGUGUUACCAAAUGUGUAUAUGAAAUUGUUCUAAUUGCAAAAAUACCUACAUUAUGUCCUCCUUUUGAUUCCUGCUUCUAACCUAUUUUCAUAAGGGGUUGGUUGAGCAGAACUUAGCUGCGUGUAGUCAUCAUGGGACCGUACUCUAGCCUCUUUUCCUCCUCUGUUUGUUUGUUCCAACUUCCCAGGUCUCCUUGGUGGGUUUCUUGUUUCUCCUGGGCCUCUACAUCUCCUCGCUGGCCUCCUGCAUGGGCGGUCUGUACGGGGCACCCAGGAUCCUCCAGGUCAUCGCCCAGGAGAGGGUCAUCCCAGCCCUGGCCUUCCUGGGACAAGGGGUUGGUUUGCCUGGCAGGAUGGUGGAUGAUCCAUAAAUCCAAAAUUAAGAGAAAUGGAUCAGGGGCUCUAUGUAUUAAGCAUCUCAGAGUAGGAGUGCUGAUCUAGGAUUUUAGUUCAUAAUGAAUAAGGUGACAUAGAUUGGGUGGACCUGAUCCUAGAUCAGCACUCCUACUCUUAGACUGUUGAUACAGCUCCUGAUAAUCAUUCUCACGUGAACAGUGCCACAGAACUAACCUAAGCCAAAAAACACAUUGUGCUGCUAUAAACAGUUUGUCACAACUUGAACUGAACAUUUUCUCUCUUGGCUAAAUCAGAACCAUCAAACACAAUAUAGUCUGUCUCGAGUAGGUGGGGGGUGAUACCAGUACGACGGGUGGGUUCCAUGGGAAACGGUGAGAGAACGGCCUGAUUUUAGAGUGGUCAGUUGAGUAAACUAACCUCACAGAGAAAAAGAGAACGGAUGGAGCAUCCCAAAUGUCACCCCAUUUCCUAUAUAGUUCACUACUUUUGACCAGAGCCCUAUAGGUUCUGGUUAAAAGUAGUGCACUAUUUAAGGAAUAGGGUGCCAUUUGAGAUGCAGCCUGAGUGUAGCCUAACGGUUGGUCGUACCUUAUGAAACACAGCACACUGAACCCCCCUUCCUCUCCUCGGACCACACGCCCCUCAGUACAGAGUGGCAUGUACUGUGUGUGUGUUCGUGUUUGCUGGAACCAGGCCCUAGACAUCUCACCCCGAAUCAAAGCCUCAGAACAAACCCAGGAAGGGAGACGGACGGGCCGGCCCAGAUUGGCCUGGAACACUGCCAGAAAGGGAGAGAGAGCGAGAGAGUACCAGUGGUGGUUCAGGCAGCUUGGCUGUAGUUCUAGUCAGAGCAGGCUUAGUCUGAAAACACAGCAACCUUUUUAAACAACCGGUUUGGCUCUUUUGUUGAAAUUAGAGCUUCUCAGCAGAGCAUAGCAUAUCUUCCUCUUUUUUUCUCGCUCUAGCUCUCUCUUUGUCUGCUCUGUCUGUCUCCAACAGAAAGGUCCUAAUAAGACUCCGGUGGCGGCCAUAGUCUUAACUAGCCUGCUGACCAUGGCCUUCGUCUUUAUCGGACAGGUCAACGUCCUGGCCCCCAUCGUCACCAUCAACUUCAUGCUCACCUACAGCUUCAUUGACUACUCCUACUUCAGGUGUGUGUGUGUGUGCAUUGGGCGGACAUGUGUGCUGGAACCAGACCCAAGACAUCUUGAAUCAAAGCUGACUUUGACUACUCUUACUUCAGUGUGGCGAUGACCUAUAACCUCCAGCCCAGAGAGAAGAGGGUUGGUCCUGCCAAGAGGCCUGGGACUGGAGCCUCAUCCUUCACAAACCAUACUUCCAAGCCCCUCAUGACCACCACCCACCAGGUUAUUUUAUGUUUUUUCAUAAGUCAAUACAUUUGUCAAAAUUCUGUUAAAUGUUGAGUUCAAUCAAGUGUCAAUCAAAAUUGAUGCAAAUUCAUUUUCAGGUCAGUACAAUACAUCACAAAACAAUACUUUUCCCCCCACAAUCCACCAGGGUUAUGGUACAGAGGGGGACGGUGAGAGCCCAGGGAAGGGGACCCUGUUAGAGUUUACUAGGGAUAUGGACCAGAUCUUCCCCCUGCCCAAUGGUGGUGAACAGGAGGAGACAGAAAAGGACAAUGCCACAGAGAAGGUCUCCAUGCCAGGCCUGAGAGGCAGGAUCAGGAGGGUGAAAGCCCCCGGCAAGAAGACACUGAUGGACAGCUUUGGGCUAGACCGUAAAAGCAAUGCCUUCCCUAGUGAGGGAGAUGAAGAUGGAGAAGGAGGGGUUGAUCAGGCUCCCCCAGGUCCAGGAGAGUGUGUAUCCCCCCAGGAAAGGUCAGGAGAGCCCAGCCCUGACCCUGAGGAAGUGAGGCAGGACAAGACCCUUCCCGGUCAUAACCCCAUAGAGCUUGACCCUCCAGGGUCACAGAGAGAAAACACUGGUGAGGAGUACUUCGACUUAGAAUUUUAGUUCACUUUUGGCAUUUAUUAAGUGGUACCAUUGGGCACAUGGUGCACAGCUCUGAUUCAGUCAACUUCAUCACUCCCUGUGUGCGUGGGCAUGCAUGAGUUUGUGUGUGUCGGCAUUUUACGACAUUCUCUACUUAAUUUGCAACCAUUUACCCACCUCAUAGAGUACACUAUUUACAUAGUGUUGUAAUAGUAAAAUAGGUUAUUGAAUGUCUGGAUUGUGUCUACCUUUCUGUUAUAAUGCCUGUUGUUUAUACUUCAUUCAUUUCUGUAAAUAUUAUGGCAGGUUCUGACUGUAAACCAGACUACCAGGGAUCAGAAAUCCAACGGAUGCCUGAUUCCUUCUAUGCCAAAUUCUGCAACCACUGGAUUGCACUGAUUGGUGUAAGUAAGCCAGUAAAACAUGCAGUAUAACAGUUCUGCCCUAUUGUAUCUAAAUGUAUUUUCUUGAUUACUAAUGUUUUUUCCCCCCUCUGCAGGCAUUAUGUUCCAUCCUGAUCAUGUUUGUCAUUCAGUGGGUCUAUGCCUUGGCCAAUAUAAUAGUCGCCUUGGUCCUCUUCCUCUACAUUGGAAAAGCAAGCCCUGGCCUUCCAAUAGGUGACUAUCCAUCCAUGUCAACAACUGUCACAUUCACACAUCUCUGUGCAUUUCUAAUACAAGAAAGUGUGUCAGUCACUGCUGAAGCCUUGAGUUACAGUCUCUCAGCCACACAGCUGUUCAGCAGGAUAGUUCGAAUAGCUGAGUUAGAGGAUUCUGCAACUCUGUGAUAUACAAUCUCCCCUCCAUACAAUUCCCUGCUUUGCUCCCCUAACUCAAGACUGUGACAGAGGCAUACUGAAGAUCACACAUGCACACCACACAUGCCACAGUUGUCAUGGUUAGUGAAAUGGUUUUCAUAUUUUACAGGUCACACAAAGAUCUCCUACUGUAUAUCAGAGGAAUAGUUUUUUAUUCUGGAGUGGCAAGCGUUAGCUUAUUGAAUACAUCUAACUUAGAUGUUUUGUUUUUGAAAUAUGGUUUAUAAUAUCAGCUAGUAGUAGAUGUAUCAUAUUUAUUACAAUGUUGUUUUUUGUGUGUUUACAGGAGUGGCAGCUCGUUUCAGCUUUUUCAGAUGGAUUAGGACAACCCUGAGCAACCUAGGAAGGUAUACAGCAUCAAAAAAACUCUUAUAAAAUGAUCAUCAUUCAUCAUGUAUUCAGCUUUCUAGUGUAUUAUGUUUAGCGUUGUCUUUAAAGGUAGACUCAGCCUAGAGCAUCACCGCAGAUAUUGAGAUGAGCGAGAUGCAAGACUUCGCUCUCACACAGUCACAAAACAGUAUAUGCGCAUGUGCACGGGUUCGCUUCACGCUGUUCACAGCGUGGUAGCCACGGGACCAAAACAGCGAAGAAGUUGAGCCUUACGCUUCAAUGCAUCUACGUCAAAUCGCUGAGUCUACCUUUAUAUAGUAUAAUCAUUAAAUAUAGUAGACAGAAGCAGUGAAAUCAACGUCUUGGUAACCAAGUUAAGGAAAUGUUCAGGAACUCAGGAAAUGCUCGUACAAUAUCAGCUUGGAGCAGCAACAACAACCGAGAGCACUGAAACACUGUACAGUAUCUUUCCAUACACAAGGCCAGGUCAGCUGGUUGCUUGUGAUACAGUACGCACAGAGUCACCCUCUGGAGCUGUUUACCACUGUUUCUGGGUUCAGAAUAUAGGGAGUACAAAAAAAGUUGUCUCAAAUAGCACCCUAUUCCCUAUAUAGUGCACUACUUCUGAUUAGGGCCCAUAGGGCUCUGGUCAAAGUAGUGCACUGUUUAGGGAAUAGGGUGCCAUUUGGGACAAGAUCCUGGUCAAAAGUAGUGCACUAUAUAUGAAAUAGUGUGCCAUUUAAGACUUUGCCACACUGUAGUACAGUAUGUUUGUAGAAGUGUCAUAUAAUAGGCCUGCCAUUUAUUUACAUUUUACAUUUUAGUCAUUUAGCAGACGCUCUUAUCCAGAGUGACUUACAGUUAGUGAGUGCAUACAUUUUCAUACUGGCCCCCCGUGGGAAUCGAACCCACAACCCUGGCGUUGCAAAUGCCAUGCUCUACCAACUGAGCUACACAGGACUAACUUUAUGUUGAACUGGUCAUGAGUACUAAGCACCAAGACAUUAUAAAGGCUUGUUGUACAUGCUUAUAACAAGUAAUUAAAGCAUCAUACCUGCAGGCUUUAAGUAAACUGUUUGUCAUGAGUACCAGGAACUACAUUAUAAAUGAAAUUAUUAAUUGAAGUUAUGAAGCAUCAUAUCCUACCUGAAGACUUAUAUUAAUGUGUUACUGAUAUAUUAAACUGGAAUAAACAGACAGCUUUCUAAUUCUAUUCUAUUUAUGUAAUGUUUGCUUUAUUUAAGAGGAGACAGGGAUUGAACUCCGGUCUUCGGGUUGCAUACAUGUGCCAAGACCCCAGACCAUGGGGCCUGCACAUUCUAUUCUAACUAUUCUAAUGUCCUGUCCUUCAGCGGUGAGUAUCCUCGGGACCGGAUGGUCGUGACACCCUCUCUGUCAGGAGUCGGCAUGGAAACUAGGCAGCUGACAGAAGAAAACCUGGACUUUGCCUCUCGGGACCGCUACCACCAGUCUUCCUUUAUCGAACCAGACAGGAUGGCACACCUACAACUCAACUGAUCACCACAACUCUGGAUGGCUGGUCCUAUCACAGACCAUAGUAUCCUGGUCCAAUAUCUGUUUGUGCUGUCUUGCCAACUCAUUACAAUGACCAUAGGAGUUGGCAAAACAGCACAAAAAGAUCUGGGACCAGGCUGAAAUAAUGUCUCAUUCUAGGCCUUAUAGACAGAUUACAUAUAAGCAGUCAAACUGAAAGCUGAAAUCAAUAGUCCUACUCUAUGA